CAGGAGGAUGUCGGAGCAGCAGAGCGCCCCUGAGCAAAUGGCUGCAGGGAAGAGCCAGGGUGGAGCAGGAGCCACUUACAAGGUGGUGCUGUUUGAGUUUGAGAAUUUCCAGGGCCGCAAGGCUGAGUUUUCUACUGAGUGUAAAGAUGUUUCAGAGAAGGGCCUGGAGAAGGUGGGCUCUAUGCUGGUUGAGUCUGGCCCAUGGGUGGGGUAUGACCGCCAGGGGUUUGCAGGUGAGCAGUUUGUUCUGGAGAAAGGCGAGUAUCCACGCUGGGACACCUGGACCAACAGCCAGUACAGCUACUCCUUCUGGUCCAUGCGGCCUCUCAAAGUGGAUAGUGCCGAACACAAGCUCCAUCUGUUUGAGAGCCCAGGCUUCACUGGUAGAAAGAUGGAGAUUGUUGAUGAUGAUGUUCCCAGUUUGUGGGGACAUGGUUUCCAAGAUCGCGUAGCGAGUGUCAAGGCCCUCAACGGAACAUGGGUCGGCUACAUGUACCCCGGCUACAGGGGGUGCCAGUACGUGUUUGAGUGUGGAGACUUCAAGCACUGGAAUGACUGGGAUGCCCCUGCACCUCAGAUCCAGUCUGUCCGACGUGUGCGAGACAUGCAGUGGCACAAGAGGGGGUGUUUCACCGUCCCUGCUCCUUCCCCUGAUCCAGCUCCUGCCCCCGCUCCUGCCCCAGCACCCGCACCCCCUGCACCCCCUGCCGCCUCCGGGGCCAGCUGAAGAGGAUUCUAAACAACCCCCCCCCAGAGCCUCUUCCAUGAGCCUCUUUCUACCAUCAGUGCUUGCCCUCUGCCUCACCCUAACCAUGGCAAAUGCUGCUCCUGCUUAGUGAGGAGAAGCUCUAUAUAUG